CAAAGGGAACAUUACAUUCACAGCACUGUGGUGGGUAAGGGGCAGCAGAAUUAAACAACCACAACAUUAUGUCUUGGUCCGCCCUAUUGUCGGUUAAAAUAAUCGUCUCAAAUUUCUUCGAAUUUAAUCUCCAACUACUUCAAGGCGAGUAGGUAUGCAAUUACAGUGGAUAUAAAAAACUACAUUCACUCAAGCAGCCAUGGCAGUCGGUACGAACCACUCUUUAAGUUCCCUGCUAUCCAGCACAUUACUCUGUGGCGUGAAGUUUCUUGUUCGUCAGUGACUGAAUUUCACAUCGGAGUUGCAGGGCUUAAGGAAGCUCGGAGCUUUUUGUAUCCUUUUCUGCUUCAGUUUCGCUCAAAAUGUGGAAGAAAGGGCGAGUUUAUAAGCCAGUGGAGAAUAUGGAUGUAAGCGCUGCGAGCAAAGAAGAGUAUAUUCAGGAGAAAGUUUUAGUACCACGAGCAUUCGGGAUCCUUUUGAAGUUUUUUAGUUGGGCUUUAGAAACAUGGAUCAUUGGUUCAGUUGUAAUGUUCAUAAUCAAAUGGGGGAAUAUGAUUCCUGAGUUUUUUACAUAUGCUCACAUUAAGGAGCCUCCAAUGUAUUACCCAAAGUUUCCCGAAGAAGAAUUUGACGAGCAAGAUGUAAUAUAUAUGCAUCCUGAUUCAACUGCACAAGAAAAAGCUACACAAGUUCUCAAUUGUCUUAUGGAUUGUACAUCAAGAAAGAAAACAGAAAAUGAACCAUUUUUCAGACGUUGGACUAUUCGAGAUUUUUCAAGAGCUUAUGUAUCUGGAGAAGUCACCCCAACAGAGGUUGCAGAACGAUUUUUAUCUGCUGUUGAACAAUCCAUAAAACAUUCUCCACAGAUGUUUAUUUUCAUAAGUUACAAUUCUGUGGACAUUCUCAAACAAGCUGCAGAGUCAACAUCACGAUAUAAAAGAGGCGAGCCACUGUCAGUUCUUGAUGGAGUACCAAUUGCAGUGAAAGAUGAGAUUGACUGUUUGCCAUAUCCUACGACAGGAGGCACAAAGUGGUUGCAUAAGGUACGAAAAGUAACAGGUGAUUCUACUUGUAUCAAGCAAUUACGUGCCUGUGGGGCAGUUCUUGUUGGGAAGACAAACAUGCACGAGCUCGGAGUAGGAACCACUGGCAUCAAUCCUCAUUAUGGAGCAACAAGGAAUCCAUAUGACACUGAAAGGAUUUCUGGGGGUUCUUCUAGUGGUUCUGCUGCAGCAGUCUCUGCUGGUUUAUGCCCUGCUACACUUGGUGUUGAUGGGGGAGGAUCUGUGCGAAUGCCUGCAGCAUUAUGUGGAGUAACCGGUUUUAAACCAACAUACGGACGGUUAUGCCAUUCAGGGGUGCUUCCUUUAAAUUGGACAGUUGGAAUGCUUGGCAUACUGGCUUCUUCAGUGGAAGAUGUGCUAAUUGUAUAUGCGGCUAUCGUUGGGCAUUCUCUAUCUAAAUCGGUUUCAUUGCCGCCACAUAUAAGGCUACCAUUGUUGGAAAAGAGCGAAGGUAUCCGAGAUCUGAAGCUAGCAAAAUACACCAAGUGGUUUGAUGAUUGUGAAGAUGCCGUAAGGAGUGCUUGCUACAAGGCACUAAACCUUAUAAAACUUCAUUAUGGAUGUGAGAUUCUCGAGGUCACACUGCCAGAGCUGGAAGAAAUGCGCCGUGCACAUUACAUUACAAUUGGAUGCGAAUGUGACUCAUCUUUUUCUCAUGAUUUUAAAAAUGUCGGUCUAGCAAAAUCAGGUGGUGAUGCACGGGUCCAAUUAUCAGCAUACAGCUCUUUUAGUAGUCGAGAAUUUCUCAACGCCCAACGACACAAGUCUCGUCAAAUGCAUUUCCAUAUGGAAAUAUUCAAGAAAGCGAGCGUGAUUGUCACCCCUACAACAGGUAGAACUGCAUAUCCAAUACAAAAAGAUGCUCUGAAAUAUGGAGAGAUAGAUUAUGGCAACAGUGCUGAGCUGAUGCGCUAUCAGCUAGCUGGAAAUUUCCUUGGGCUACCAGCAAUAACCAUUCCGGUUGGAUAUGAUGCAUCUGGAAUGCCCAUUGGACUUCAAUUUAUUGGUCGCCCUUGGUCAGAAGCAACACUACUACGUCUGGCUUGUGCUACGGAGGUCCUACAUUAUCAAGAAUACAAGCAACCAAAAGUUUUGUACAAUUUACUUAAAUAAACUAGUAAUAUUAGACUUUCUUUAUUCCAAAUUUUAAUUAAAAAUAUAAUAUUAUUGAAACAGAUGAUGAUACAAUUAUUGAAUAAUAAUUUUUUCUCGUUUUAUAAAUCAAUUUGAUUAGAAAUUUCCACUUUA